GAAAGCUUUGUAAUAGUGGAACCAAGUUAGGAGUUCAGCCACAGCAAAGCAAACCCAGAGAAGUACAGGAAAGGAAAAAAAGAAAAAAACAAAACAUAAAAAUCCCUUUCAGCUUUAAGUUCUACUACUAUUCCAAGUCCAUCAUGUAACAGAAGUUUUUCAUCAAAGAAAGAAGCAUUUCAUCAAAAUCGGAAGAGAUUGUUCAGAUUACACAACUCUAAAUCAUGUUGGGAAAAAAGUUGGUGACUGCACAGAAGCGAGGGGAGACAAGAGCCCUGUGCCUGGGACUGGGAAUGGUUGCGUGCUCCACGAUGAUGUACUUUUUUAUUGGGAUCACCAUUGUGCCAUUCUACACUAAAAGUGUGUGGACAACAGAAAGUGUGUGCCAGGUACUCAAAGCCAACAUCAAGGAUAAAGCACUCUGCCCAAACAGCGAAGGCUCAGAGGAUGGGGAUACCUUUCCUUACCCCUGCCUGCAGGUGUGGGUAAAUCUGACAGCCUCAGGACAAGAGGUGAUGCUGUAUCAGACUGAAGAUACACUGGAAAGAAACCCUAAGUGUUCGUACGUCCCAGGCAAGUCGGAGAACUCUAAAGAAGUUAAAGCACGAAUAGAAAUAAUUGCAAGCAAUUUCAAAAAAUACCAGACUUUCCCGUGCUACUAUGACCCAGGAGGAACGCAGACCAAUGUCAUUUUAAGCAGACUUUAUCCCCCAAAAGGCCUCCUUUUUGCUUUCCUUUGGCCUACACUCAUGUUUACAGGUGGAUGCCUGAUUAUUGUUCUAGUAAAAAUUAGUCAGUAUUUUUCUGUUCUUUCUGCUCGGCAGUAGAACAUAAAUAUCUAUCAGAGAUCCUUGCAAGAUAUUAAAGCGGCUUUGUUCUGCCUGUUUAUCUGCAUUGUGUGACUUUUAAUACAUCAGGUAUCAAUCCAAGGGUAGGCAUUCCAGAAAACUGAAUCACUAUGGAUGGUAAUCCAUUACAUGAAGACAAAAUAUAAAACUGAUUCCCAGGUGUCGUGGUUUAAUCCUGGCCAGUAACAAAGUACCACCCAGCCGCUUGCUCACUCCCCUGCACCCAGAGGGGUGGGGAGGAGAACCGGAAAGGAAUGUAGAACUCAAGGGCUGAAAUAAGAUUUAAUAAUUUAAACAGAAUAAAAAGGUAAGAGCAAUAAUAAUAACAAUAAUAACAACAAUUAUAAUGGAAAGUUGGGGAAAAGGACAAAAUCCAAAGGAAAAGGGAGAAAGGAAAACAAGUGAUGCACAGUACAACUGCUCGCCACCUGCUAACUGAUGCUCAAGCAGUCCCUGAGCAACGACCCCCCCCAGCUAACCCUCCAAGUUUCUAUACCAAGCAUGACGUCCCAUGGCAUGGAAUACCUCUAUGGCUGGUUCAGGUCAGCUGUCCUCACUGUGUCCCUUCUCAGUCUCUUGUGCCUCUCCAGCCCUCUGGCUGGCACGGCCCAAAAAACCAAAAAAUUCUUGACUUUGUAUAAAAAUUAUCCAGGAACAACUGAAAACAUCAGUGCAUUAUCAACAUUGUUCUCACAUCAUAGCCAAAACACAGUACUGUACUAGCUACUAAGAAGAAAUUUAAGUCCAUCCCAGCCGAAACCAGGACACCAGGAAUGCCUGAAAAUACCUCAUAAGAACGCAGACCGAGUUACUGCCUAUUGUUUCCUUGGACUUUCUGCGGUAGAGUAGCUUUACAGAGCUACAACUUAAGUUUACUACUAAACUCUUGUUCCAUGUUUUAGACGUGGUCCUAAUUUUCUGUCUGGUUGAUAACAAUUGGUGCCAGAUCCACAUAUAUCAUCACUGCAGACACAUGUUUUAUAUACUUAAUUACCAAUAUAGUGUGUAUUCAUGGCAUAGUCUUCUUGUCUGUUGAUAAAGAAGUUUUGCUAUGGUCCAAAAAGGUAUUUAUCAUCAUGGAUGUCUCUGCUUUUGGGAAAGGGGAGAGGGGAGAACCACCUAAAAACAAAAUAUACAUACGCAGACACUACAAAGUUUGCACUCUAAACAUUUAACACCAAUUGUAUGUAUUUAAAUAUAUCCACAAAACACAGGGUAUGGUAAAGAAGUUUAUAUUAGAAGUUUUUGUAUUUAACUCAAAUCUUCACCUUGCUUUACUUUUUACAAAGUGUACCACUCAAGGAAGACCAUCUGCCUACCACUUGCAUGUAUCAUAAAACUGUUAAGGAAGGGAAGUCACAAUAUGAAAAACACAAUUAUGUAGUCUGAAACAUCCAUGAUGUCUUACUAAACACUGUAAUAUAACCUAAGGACAGAAGUUUCCAUAUUUAGCACAAGGAUAUUUCACAAUGGAGACAUCUUUGUUUCUAGUGCCAACUCUUAGGAAUGCUCUGAUGCAUGCAUAGAUACAUUUUCUGUUCUCUGAAAAUAACUGUUUCCCUCAGACAAUUUCCAAAUUGCUACUGGACACAGGAGGAACACAAGCUACUUCCUAUAUGCUGUAUUUGACUGGCACUUGAGACAUAGCUAAUAAAAAAUUUUUUGUCACAUUCCUGAUGAACCACUUGGUAGCUAUCAUUCAUAGGAAAAUUUCAGGGCUUAGGUGCAAAUUUAAAUCCAUUAAACUCUAGUGGAAAAAAAUUAUUCUCAUUAAUGUGGCACAAUUCUCUAUUGUGAGAAAGAGGAAGGCUGAAAUAUUAAGCCACCACAUUCAUUUUCCAACAUUACUAAUGGAACAGCAUCAAGAGUUUGCUUUUCAUCAUGAUCAUCAAACCAAAAUUAGACCAAGAUAGUAUAAAACAGCAGUUAUUAAUAUCAGUAACACUCGUUCAACAUGAAAAGUCUAGAUGGUUAUCUAUUAGAAAUCUACAAGAGGAAAAAUGACAAGCUCUAGUGCUUAAGAGUCACACAGUGUCAGUGGUGCUGUAAAAAAAAAAAAGAAAAAAAAAGCCUAAACUAAAAAAUGAAUAUAGGAGGAGAAUUAUUUCCACAAGAAACAGGAAGGUAUUUACAGCUUCAUACAACACUUCUAUGAAAUGCAUCUGAAGCUGUGUGUAUAUAUGAUUCUAAUCUUUCUCAUUCAGGAAAGUGAAAGUGCAGCUGACAGGUACAGGCGUUUUGGGUGACCAAAAGCAUUUGCCAACAGGAUGGCAAGGGGAAGAGACCCUGGUUUAUUAGUUCACCAAAAGCUAAGGCAGGACUGUGGUAACUGCUUAAAAAUAAAAAGGCAGAGAGGAUACCUGUUGAACCUAAUGCAUUGUACUGGUACCAAAGGAGGUGAACAAGCUAGCUGCAAAUAAGACAAAGCAGUUUAUUUAAAAGGUUCUUUCAAAGCUUUACUCCAUAUUUUUAAACUACUGCUGAAAAGCAAAAGCCUUCAGUUUGCAAACUAAAACUUGUUCAUGACUACUUUAUACUCAGUCCAGCAAACCGGUACCCCUGCCACCUUGCUCCUCUCUCAGCUCAGCAGAGAAAAAUGAAGGUUGGAUAUUUAGCAGCAGUCCCCAUUGCUAACUCAUGGGUCAGUAAUUUGUCCUUGAAGUACAGAAGCUCUUGAUUUUGCUAAGCUCAGAACUCAGCAUGAAGACUGGGAGCUCCUGCUUCCAACUCCUACCUUGGCUUCCUGAGACUACUCCCUAAAGCCACCCUCCUCGCCUCCCUGUUCAUAGUUAUCCCUGAUAGAAGUAGAUGAAGAUUUAUUCAGUGCAAGCUGUGUCUCCAGAUUUACGUCUACCACAAAUAGAGUUGAUUAUCGCAUGAAAACAAUUAUUUCCCUCCAACAUGUACAACAUUGCAAAAACAUGAAGAAAAACCUUCCACAAAUUUUGUUCUCCAAUAUAGCAACAUUUCCUAUUAGGGCAGGAGAUAUUCCAAGUGAAAACAGCCAGUUCAGGGGAAAAACUAGAUGCAAGUUCAGAAACUGCAUUGUCUUGGACUCUCACCAACCAGCCUCUCUUUCACCCAAAUUAAAAAGGGUGUUUAAAUUCAAAAAGCCAAAUAUUAUAAUGUAGAAAACAAACACACAAAAUAUAUAGGCACUACAGAACGGUUCUUUUAUAAUAACAAUUUGCCCAUGUAUAAAUACUCGUUAUUUUCCACAUUUCUGAAAAAGUUUAACGUUGAAGUCAUAGAUACUCUUUUUCCUUUACAGUUUCACUUUCUCUUAAAGUCAGAACUAAAUGUUUUAACAUUGUGCCAUGUUGCUGAAUUAUUCUUGGCCUUUUGUAAACAUUUUUCUAUCCUUCUUCCAUCUGCAAAAGUUGUAAUUUGCUAGAGAGUGAAGUUUUAAUAAUACUCUAUGCUUCUUAGAGCAGCACACAAGGAAGCUAUAUAGCCUUUAGGGCUUUUUGUUUCGUUGUUGGGUAGGUGGUUUUUGUUUUUUUCGUUUGGAUUUUUUGGUUUGUUUUUUUUUUUUUUUUGUGUGUGUUUGGUGUUUUUUUUAAUAUUAUUGGAUUAUACCAUCAAGUCUAUAAAAUAUCCGAUAAAUAAGAUGCUAUUUUUCUGAGAUCCAGCAAAACACUUCCUAUGAGAAGUGCUUCAAUACAGUGACUAUCGCAGUGACAGAUGUACACAAUCCACUUUUUCAAGGCAGAGCAGAUGCUCAAGGUACAUACGACAGCAUUAAGACUCCUGCCAGGAGAAGAGAAGUGGAAGUAUAAGCAGCUGGAGAUUAAAUUCAUACCUCAAAUCUGUUUGACUACACACAGCUUUCACCAGCAUUGAUGCUCAGACCACAGUAGUGCUUGAGUCGACCAGAAAGACAGGGAACAUAGGGAACAGGGACAGAUUUUUAGACCCUGAUGAAUACUUCAGUUGUGCAAGCCCUUUAUAUGUCAUAUGAAUAAUAUUGUUUUGCUGAAACUAUUAAAAGUCCUAAUUUUCAAGUGCUGGGCACAGACUCUUAGGAAUAGUUUUUCUCCUUGAUGCCAAAUAAGGCUUGGACCUGGUGAUUCUACUGUUGGAAGAUGAAAAAGAACAAAAGCUCCAGCACUAUACUUGAGGGAACUAGCAUUUUUUCUAGGGGAAAAAAACCCAACCACAAACAACAAAACACACCACCCACACAACUAUUGCAAAAGGUUGUAAAACAAAGCUUUUCCCAUAAACCAGAGGCUAUAAUUCUGGAUGAGACAGAUUCAGUUUUCAUCAGCUUUUAGUAAGAUCACUGUUUUCCACCUUCAAUAAGGUAGCAACAAUGGCAGCUUAAGAGGAGCCUAUGGCCACCGAUUUGCUAAGCAGCUACCCCUUAGUCACCAGCAUCUUCUUAAUGUACGUAAACAAUAGCAGAUACUUUCUGGCUACCUCUGGCAGCUUUGAUUUAAGUAUCCUGCUAACUGGUGCUAUUUUUAUUACCUCAUCCUCAAAGCAGCAACAGGGCAGUUAACACAAAGACGACUCUGGUCCCUGAAGAUUCCUCACUCAUUGCAUAAACCCACUACACUUGAUAACAAAAUACUUUCCAGCUGAGUAGCUGGUACUUUGUUACUACCUUUUGGGUGGGUUUUUUUUUUUUUCUUUUGGGUUUUUUUGUCUUUUUGUUUGGCUGGUUUUUGGUGGGUUUUUUGUUUGUUUGGGUGUUUGUGUUUGUGUGUGUGUGUUUUAAUAAGGAAACUGUUAUAGUUGAAUUAUAAAUUGAGUCCAAAAUAAA